AUGACUACCAUCGCACCCACGACCCAAACCUUCAACGAAGACAUCGAUGCCACCGGUGUGGCGCAGCAGCGUCCUCGUGGAGUACCUGUCCACGCUGACAUGACUGCCGCGACAGCACCAACCACAGAACCAGCCGACCCCAAAGGCAAGCACCUGCGCAAGAUGUUGUGCCAGUCGAUCGACGAUGCCUUGUCGGUGUUUGCGGUCUUUGUGUUCGCAACGUCCACCCGAGGCAUCGCAGACCUCUAUGUCCUUGCAGCAGCCUUGAUCACGGCCCUCGACCGUCACUUAUGCGGCUUCGUCGCGGCCGAUACAAGCAAGAUAUCGCGUGUGUGUAUCGCGCUCUUCUGUGCGAGGACAAUGUUCGACAUUGUAGCACUGCGGGAGGAAGCGUUUGUAGUUGAGGGCAAAAUGCACAAUGAAUUAACUGAAGAUCUACACAGAUCUCCUUAA